AUGUUUUGUGGUUCAAUUGGGCUCAAUGCUGGACAGUUUGAAAUGGUUUUUUCAAAAACUGGGCUUACAAAUUGGAAAGCAGCUACAGAAAAGUUUAAUGUUCACCAACGAUCAAAAUGUCACCUCAAUAGUACUACAUCAUUAAAAACUUUUUUGAAUCCCAAUUCAAAAUCAAUAGAUGUCAUUUUAGAUCAACAAAGAGAAGAUAUACGCAGUCAAAAGGAAAUAAAUCGACUGAAAAAUAGAGAAACAAUGAAGAAAUUAAUAGAUAUUGUACUUUGUUUGGGCGUUGGUGGUAAACCAUUUCGUGGGCAUACUGAAAAAACUAAUGAUUUUCACAAAGGACUAUUUCUGGACAUUGUUAGGUUUUUGCGAAUGUAUGAUCCAGUUUUUGACCAGCAUUUUAUAUCCGGACCCCAGAACGCUUUUUAUACAAGUAAUCGUAUUCAAAAUGACAUUAUACAAUCAGUUAACUUAGUAAUGAAAAGACUAUUGCAGAGUACAAUUGCCAAUAAAAAAGUAUCAACAAUAGCCGAUGAAACAAGCGACUGUGGUCACCACGAGCAGCUGUCUAUAGUGGUACGAUAUUUUGACACACAAAAAACAUGUCCAUAUGAACAGUUUAUUUGUAUGAAACGAAUUACCUCAGUCAAUGCUGAAAAUAUUUUUAAUGUAUUGAGUGAUACUAUUCAUGAGUAUAACAUAAAAUGGGAAAAUUUAGUUUCGGUUUGCUUUGAUGUCGCUUCAACUAUUUCGGGAAAUACCACAGGUGUACAGGCUAAAUUUAAAGAAAAAAAAUCAAAAACUAUAUUUUGUACAUUGUUAUGGCCAUUGCCUAAAUUUAGUUCUUGUUGA